GCUGUUUAUGGCUUAAUUGCUGUUCAAAAACGGGCUCUGCUGUUGCUUGUGUUGCUUUAUUUACUAUGCGCAUUGCGUACAUUAUUACGCUGAUUACUUCAUAGCGCAGCUUAGUAACUAACGCAGCAAUCAAACUAUAUUUGCAAUUACCAAAUCGAAUACCAAUUGCAACAUCCAAUUGCUAAAGCCAGCAACAACAGUAUAUACAAAACAAGAAGAGAACUCGUUAAAUCAUGAGCAAGACAGAGACAGCCGCACCCAAAGUGGAGUCGAGCGCACGCCAGAAACUGGAAACGUAUCGAGUCUAUGUGAUCACCUGGAAUGUUGGUAGCCGAUUCCCGGACAACAUUUCGCUGCGUCAGCUGCUGGGCCUGCAAGGCGAGGCCAGCGGCGAUGCGGCACAGGAAUUGCCCGACAUCUAUGCAAUUGGAUUGCAGGAGGUGAACGCACAGCCACAGCAUCAGGUGCUAGGCCUCUUCAAAGAGGAUCCAUGGACGCACAAGGCGAAGCAGCUGUUGCGCGGCUACAACUAUGUCGCCGUCAAGACAGAGCAGAUGCAGGGCCUGCUGUUGACCAUGUUUGUCCGCCGGCCGCAUGUUGAGCACCUGAAGGACAUAGAGGCGGAGUUUACGCGCACUGGCUUUGGCGGCAUCUGGGGCAACAAGGGAGCAGUGAGUGUGCGAUUCACGCUCUACGGCUGUGGUCUGGUGUUUGUGGUGGCCCACUUGGCUGCGCACGAUCACCAGCUGGACGAGCGCAUCGAGGACUACAAGCAGAUUCUUGAGAGCCAUCACUACCAUGUGAAGCGUUAUCGUGAGAUCUACGAUCACGACUACGUCUUCUGGUUCGGUGAUCUCAACUUUCGGCUGGAGGGGAACGACAGCGCCACCGAGGUGCGCGACGCCCUUGGCGACGACACCAAGCACGAGGAGCUGCUGCAGCGAGAUCAACUGUAUCAGGUGCGUGAGCGUACGCAAAAGGCAUUUCAGGUGCUGCACGAGCGCCUGCCCGCCUUUCCGCCCACAUUCAAGUUCAAGGAAGGCACCUCCGAAUACGAUAUGAAGCGCCGGCCCGCAUGGACAGAUCGCAUCAUGUACGCCGUGCAGCCGCUCAACCGGCAGCCUGGCAUGCAGCUGGCCAUUGAGCAGUGCUCCUACAAAUCCCACCCCGCCUACAACAUCAGCGACCAUAAGCCGGUCACCAGCGACUUCACGAUCAAGCUGUAUCCCAACUAUCGUGCACCGGGCAUUACAUUUAGUCCUGUCUCUGUGUGGAAGAUUGGCGACGAGAAUACCGUUGAGUACCGCAAGCACGCGGAAUUCGAGGAGGGGCCCAACGAUUGGAUCGCCAUCUAUGGCAUCGACUAUGCCAGCCUGGCGGACUAUGUGGCCUACGAGUAUGUCAACCAGGCUGAGUCGCCCACUUCCUCGGACUCGAAUCACGAGAGGGACUACUUUGAGAUGCCAGCGCCGACCCCGCAUCGUUCCCACCAUCAUCAUCGCAACCGGCAGCGCUUGCGCCGCCAGCAGGAGGCCAACGAGGAGCUGGUCCGCCUUGACUUCGCCGACGACGUCGACUUGCGCCACGGCGAACAAUAUGUGCUGAUCUACUUCCGCAGCACCGGACUGCGCGGCGUCACCAGCAUCGCGCACAUCUCCGGCCCCUUUGUGGCCGAGAAGCGCAGCGGAUCGCCGCAUCGCACCGAGUACCAUGUCGACUAGCUAGCGGAGGCCCUCGACAUCUAUAUACUUUAGUCGCAAGAUCAAGCACUUAACUCUUAUGCCUUAAUUUGUUAAACCUUAUUCUAUCUUAUAUAUACGUAUAUAUAUACAUAUGUAUGUGUACAUCAUUUGCAAUAUGAUUCAUGUGAAUGCAUUUCUUUUUAACGAUCUGUAAUUGUCUUCGA